AUGCUUUGCGGCGGUGAUGUCUUGCAAUCUUUCAAUGCAACAAAGCCAAGCGGCGAGAGAGUAUGGCCGGACGAUGAUGUUGAGGUCAUCGUUGGGCAACACGGCCUGGUUUGCGUCGGGCGGGGCAAAGCAGAUCUUGGAGCGAUAGCGCGGGAGUCCACGGUGCUCGGCAAACACCUCGACAAAAUUGUUCUUGCAAAGCCACGAGUCCUCACAGGCAUCAGUUCCAGUGUGGUCCGGCAAUAUUUGGCUUCGAAUCAAAGCAUUCGCUACCUUGUGCACGACAAGGUUCGUGACUACAUCUUCAAACACAAGCUCAACGAGCUGCCAAAUUGGCAAUGA